AAGCUACGCUAAAUGCGCCUCCAAAACAAGAAGCUCUCGGGAAACAUUUUCUGGAUAUCACAGGCAACGAACAUUCUCGAAGGAUCAAUGAUAGAAAAUGGAACAUGCCAUCGCUUCAAAUGCCCCGUUUGGCUAAGAACAACAACUCCUGAGAAAUACCAAACUCAUAUAGUUUAUUCGCAGACAGAACCAUGUAUUCUAGCUGAAUGAGAAGUGGCGAAAUCGCUUCUUCAUUUUCGCUUGUUUGGCUGCAAUGUUUCAAGCACAAAAAUAGCUGCUAUAUGGGUGCAUCUGUAACAUGUCUCAGUAAUAAGAGAAAUUUUAGUAGUGAUGAUUGUUUACCAGUUAUUAGAGAACCUAGUACAAGUAGAAAUGCUCCUGAUGACCGCUCUAGAAAAUCGGGUUCACUCGGUGGCAUGUUAAAAUACAAAUCCGCUGAAAAUUAUCCAGUCCUUCGAGCAAGCUGCCUUCAACACUGGUUUAAAAAAUGGCAAACACUUAGGAGAAACAAAUUGACAGCUAGCACUUUUGCUGCUGCAAUUGGGUUUUGGCGUCGUCGAAGGGUUCAGCUGUGGUUAGAGAAGCUUGGUGCUAUUGAACCGUUCUCUGGAAACCUUGCCACCUGUUGGAGCAAUAUCAAAGAGGGGGAUGCACUUGAAAGAUACAAACUGAUUACUGGAAAUACUGUGUUGUUUCCUGAAUUUCAGGUCUAUGAUGCAUACCCAGAAGAUAACUGGCUGGCUGCUUCACCGGACGGUGUUAUUGACAGGAUGGUGUAUGAGUUACCUUCUCGUGGAGUACUGGAGAUAAAGUGUCCAUACUUUGACGGGGACAUAAGGAGAGCUUUCCCUUGGUCUCGAAUUCCAAUUCACUACAUUCCUCAAGCUCAGGGUUUAAUGGAGAUUCUGGGAAGUGACUGGAUGGAUUUUUAUGUUUGGACUCCUAAUGGUAGUAGUCUAUUCAGGUUGUAUCGUGAUCCAGAGUAUUGGGAUGUAAUGAAAAUAGCUUUAUCGGAUUUCUGGUGGAAGCAUGUCCAGCCAGCAAGAGAGUUGUAUCGUAGUAAUGAUGUAACAAAUCCCCUUUUUCAAUUAAGAUCAGUGAGACCAGGUCGUAGACAUGAAUUGUGUACAUAUAUAGCUUAUAAAAGCAAACACAUUGUUGAUAAUUCUAAGUUGUUGAUGCGGGAGAUACAUGGGAAACUGCAAAAUUGAUGUCACCAACUGUUAGAGGAGCGUCAUUGGAGCAGUAACAAAUUCUUUAUUAUAGGUUCCAUGAUAUUUGAGAGGUGAGUCUGUGUCAAUAUAGUUUAUGAAUAAAUUGAUUUAGCUGAAGAGGGAUGACAUUAUGAAGUUGUUGUGUUGGUUUACAGAUUUAAGGAGUUGAUUGUUAGAUGUGAUUAUUUGAAGCUGGAGAGUAGAGAGGGACAAACUUAACAGGUUAUAAAACUUUACACAAUUGAGAAAUCUGGUACUGAGAAAGAGGAGGGUUUGACUACAAUUAUAUCUCUUAUUCUCUACAAAGAAAAAUUGUUAAUAUCUUGCAGGCUAUCUUCCUGCAUUCAUCAGUACAUUAGUUCUGUUGGAUCACUUUUCUGUUAACACAAUAAAAUGAUCCGAUACUUGAAGUGAGUAACAUGUUCAUAAUAACAAAUAUGGAUUUACAUGCUAUGAAGUCCAAUUUGAGGAUGCGGGACUCGUUUCUUUUUUAUUCCUCUCUGGGGUUGCUUAAGACUAAGACUCUUUCUCUUCUCAUUGUCUAAGUGACCCAGUUCCUUAGGCUUCAGCAAGGUAAUUUUUUGUAGACCUACUGAACUUGAGUCAUAGCUUCCAUUGUAAUAUUUUAUUUUGAUUGACUGUUAGCUAGUUUGUUCUGUAUUGCAAUUUGCUAAGGAUGCUAUCUAUGAAUGUUUGGAAGGCACAGAGUUGUCUCUUAUAUACUAAACAUGAAGUAGUAAAUGUUUUCCCUCUUCUGGUGUGUUUGAUAUAUAACCAUUCUAGUGCCUUCAUCCAACAGCUUAAACUUUUAGGAAGUGUUGGUUCAUGGCAUGGUGUUAGCCCUUCCAAUAUGCUUAAUAUUACCAUAACAACAACAUGGUUAUUCACAAAGCGAACACUCAACCAAAUGCUGAUUAUAAUUGAGAAUAAAAUAUCUUGCUGCUGACUGGGUUGUAUAUUUUUAUUUUGCAAGCAGGCUUAAUUGAACUUCUUUUGAAGUUUCAAUUUCUAUGAAUAACUCUCUUUUAAGUUACUUUGUUACCCACUUCUGGUCAGCAUUUAUAUGCUUGUCUGGACUUAUGACAGAUUCCUAUGCUUAUAGAUUUUAAACCCUCAUUACAAGUUAAGACAUGAAUACAAGAUUGUGAACUUGCUUCGUACAAGUCUUUCUGCAAAUAUGAAGUCAAUGGGUUCUUAGGCUUUGUGUCUAAUACCUCUGAUUUAAUAUAUUUUCUCAUAAUUAAGUUAUUCCUUAGAAGCUUUUGCAAAAGAAAACUCUCAGAAGUAUCUGCGAAGUUAUGAUUCUAACAUCUUUUAUAUAUGACUGCUAUAGUUAUAUCCUCGGCUGCAAUGCUUGAUGCAUCUAUAGGAUCUUUAACUAAUAUUUUAUUACGGGUAAUCUUAUAGAUUGUCAGAUAUGGGGUGUCAAUAUGCUCGGUAUGGCUUACAAGUUUGUUGUGUUUGUUUUUAUCACUGUCUUAGUAAUUUUCUUGUUGCCAAUUGUAAUUGUUGCGUUGCCAGUUUGCCAUGUUUCAAAUCUCAACCUUUUAAUACUCAAGGUGGUCUCCAAGAUUCCAACCAUCCAACAUGAUGUUUAGAAUAUGAAGCUUAGGUAUGUUUGUUUCACAUGUGGUCAGAUAUUGUCACCAAAUUUUUAUCCAGGUAGUUAAUUGUGUGAUAUAGCAUGUCACAUCACAGCAGGUGCCUGCUGCAUGAAGUCACUCGUGUCACAUUUUUGUGUCCUGCAAUUCCCACCCAUGAUUGUAGUCAGUAUCGUGGAUCUAGAUCACAGCCACUAUGAUGCACGGGGACAAAACCCUUCUUUGCCACUGAUGUCUGAAUUUUCCAACCCCUUUCGUUUUACAUAUUUUUGUGAUUUCUCCUGUCUCUUUUCCAGAAGAAUCACAACAGGGUAUGAACCUCUUCUUCCUCAUUUGACGCAAACAGAGUCAACGUCUGACCCCACUGCCCGCUGUGUUCUUAGUGAUUUGCUCUCCGAUGCAUGUCCAGGUCUCUGUUCUUUCAAAACCUGCUGUUAGUACCACAAUUUUGCUUUCAUUUGCUCAGAUGUGACCUUUCUAAGUUAAACAUUGUAGCUAUUUGGAAUUUCUCCUCAUUUAAUGAAUUUAAUGAUUACUUCAAUUUGUAUAACAGGACAUUUGGGGUGAUUUGAUCAGUUCCUUGAGGUAAAAUUGUAGACAAAUCGUGCUCAUUUUCCAAUUCUGAUUUUGUUUUCUUAAGGUGGCUAGUUGAAGGAUUAACAAGUUAGAGAUGGAUAUAUAGGGUAUAGAGAGAUUUUAAUUUCACUGCUAUUUGCUGUAGAGAAUACUAAUUUAAGACGCUACUUGGAGAUCUUCUUACCCUUCAUUCAGGCUUUUAAGUGGUGUCCUUCGGUCACUUAAAAUGCCAUGAGAUUGGAGAGACCAUUCGAAGAAGAGAUGAGAAGGGUUGUUUAGGAUCUUGAUACAAAGCACUAUGCACUUUGUAAUACUCAGGUUUCAGUAUAUCAAUGAGGUGGUUGUGUAUUGCAUGUUUUAGUAUUAAGUUUAUUGCCUGCUGCAAAUUAAUACGGUUUGGUUGUAGAAUGCUUAUGAUCAAUCAUUAGAACACAAUAAAAUAUUGUGUUCAGUUCUACU